AUGCUGCAACGACCAAAGAGACAAACCACCUGGCUCGCGAAGAGCAUGUCUGCUGGCCUGCAGGCAUUGGGAUCGGCUCCACAGUCGAGCAAAACUGCCUGGCUUCGGCCGGGCUGUCAAAAGCCAAUUCUCCGAGGGGACGACAUACCUGGCCCGGACCCACCCCGCAGCGGGAGCACCCCCCCACGACUUUCCGGAGGGCGCGAAUGGACACCAGGUGGCGAGGCAACGGGCCUGCCGCUUCUCCCGGAGGCAAUUCCAGGGUUCCGAGGGAGCGGACCUGAAGUGUCCCUACCUUGGUGGAUGGCGCGUCCGGCUGGGAACGCCUGCCACUUCCGCCGGGAUGCCUAUGGGCUACCGGAUAGCAUCUUCUCCAACGAAUACUCAGCCUAA